AUGGAGCCAGCCAUCACUAUUUUCCAGUCUUUCUCAAAGCCACUGCCGCAUGUUGACUCGGACAAUGUCGAAUACCGCGCAGUGACGUCGGAGACCAUGUCAACUCAGAACCAGGACCCUAUCCGUGUCCUCACCAAAAAGGAUUCUACCAUCCUUUUAAAAAGUGCUCAAGAGGCACUUCAACUUAAGCCGUCGAUCCCUGAACGCCUUCAACGCCCGAUGCCACUACUUCACAAAACUCAUUAUCUCCAUACAGAGUGUGACGUUCUACAAGCUUCAGAAUUGCAGCUUAUCCACCCUGUGAAUGUUGUUUUAUCUGGCAUACUCGCAGCAGGUGUAACACUUCGAUGCCAGUCUGAGGUGGUCUCGCAGAAGGGCAAAGCUCGCGUGGAUUUGAUAUGGCGUUGUCAAAAAGGGAGCAAGACAGUCACUGUGGCUGUUCUCGAGUACAAAAACACAAAGGCCCUGCGGUUGGAUGAUUGGAAACCCAUAAUUACCGAUGUGGCUGGUGCUCCUGCAAUAAUCAACUCAGGGUUGGACGCCGACGCUUCUUCGCUCCUAAAAGACAAUGCUUUGAAAUUAUCUAGACAACUCAAGAAGUACUCCAGGGAAUGCAAGGACAUCGUCUUGUUUGACUGGUACAGCAUGUAUAUUUUCGACUUUGAGGGUGCGAGCGAGAAUCGGCGCCACCCCUUCCCGACAAGGAUCACUUAUUCCAGCGAUUCCAGCAAGUUUCGACGCUUGCUUCUCGGCAUGAUCUACAGGAAACUCAAAAAGGAGGGAUUGGUCAAAGCAUAG